AUGUUUCGUCAGAGUGUUCGUCGCUUUGCGACUACGGCAGCCCGCGCCGCAGGCGAGGGGUCUACAGCCUACUGCACCCGGGUAUCAACAGCUCAGGGUGUCGUCAAUGGAUUGACCGAGGCGAUCGGAAAUACCCCUCUUAUCCGACUAAAGAAGCUCUCCGAGCAGACCGGCUGCAACAUUCUUGGCAAGGCGGAGUUCCAAAACCCCGGAGGCAGCGUGAAAGACAGAGCGGCGCUCUUCGUGGUCAAGGAUGCGGAAGAGAAGGGCCUUCUUAAGCCGGGCGGUACCGUCGUUGAGGGAACAGCCGGCAACACCGGUAUUGGCUUGGCGCAUGUGUGUCGAUCAAAGGGCUACAAGCUUGUGAUUUACAUGCCCAACACCCAGUCCCAGGGCAAGAUUGACUUGCUCCGUCUGCUGGGUGCGGAAGUAUACCCAGUGCCCGCAGUAGCCUUUGAUAACCCCCAAAACUACAACCACCAGGCGCGCCGUCACGCCGAGUCCUUGGAGAAUGCAGUCUGGACCAACCAGUUCGACAACAUUGCCAACCGUCAAGCACACAUCGACACCACUGGCCCGGAGAUCUGGGCUCAGACUGAGGGCAAGAUCGACGCCUUUACCUGUGGCACUGGAACCGGAGGUACCUUGGCUGGUACCACUCGCUAUCUCAAGACCGUCAGCGACGGUCGUGUCAAGAGCUUCCUCGCCGAUCCUCCUGGCAGUGUUCUCCACAGCUUCAUCCAGAGCGGUGGCACUCUGAUUGACCGCUCUGGAAGCAGUAUCACUGAAGGUAUCGGUCAGGGCCGUGUGACCGACAACCUUCAGCCCGAUAUUGACCUGCUCGAUGGUUCAGUGAACAUCAGCGAUGAGAAAACCAUUGAGAUGGUCUACCGCUGCUUGGAUGAGGAGGGUCUCUACCUGGGUGCUAGUUCCGCGAUGAACGUUGUGGCUGCCAAGGAGGUUGCGGAGAAGCUGGGCAAGGGCAACACCGUUGUCACUAUUCUCUGUGACGGCGCUUACCGCUAUGCUGAUCGCCUUUUCUCCGGCAAGUGGCUCGAGAGCAAGAACCUGCGUGCCUCCAUUCCCAAGCACCUGGAGAAGUACAUCGUGCUGCCUUAG